UAUGGAUCAAUUCGGCACUUCACCAGCAAAUCCUCAAUCUUUAUUAAAUCUUUUAAGUGGUGGACAAACACCUAUGCACAGUGGAGUUUUAAAUUUUGGUUCGAAUGGCCCCGGAUCGGUAUCUCAACAGCCUUUAUCAAAUUAUCAAAAUUUGUUUGGAAGUGCCGGUCCAGGCUCUACAAUAAAUAUUGGGGCGCAAUCUAUGCAUUCUGUUGGAGGGCCAGCCUCUGUAUUCAACAGUCAAGGUCCAGGAUCUGUUCUCAAUCCAUUUUCUUCAAGUGGAGGAAAUGAAUAUAAAGGCCCCUCUUCUGUUGUAAAUUUGGCAGGAAUUCCAGCUUCAGCAAGUAAUUAUAAUGAUGGAGGGCCUGAAAGUGUUCUAAAUAAUUUAAAUAUUCCAAUGACUCCACUACAAGGAGGGUAUUCUGUUAGAGAUUCUCAACAUCAUAUUGGCUCUCAAUUACCUGCUUCAAAUAUUCCAACAGUUAUUCCUCAGACUCCUUUUAGUGCUCCGGCAGAAGUACCUUCUCCUACCUUACAAAAUAUUGUAUCUACUGUUAAUUUAGGUGUUCAAUUGGAUCUUAAACAAAUUGCUUUGAGAGCUCGUAAUGCUGAAUAUAAUCCAAAACGUUUUGCGGCAGUUAUUAUGCGCAUUCGGGAUCCCAGAACGACUGCAUUAAUUUUCUCUUCUGGAAAAAUGGUUUGCACUGGAGCAAAAUCAGAAGAAAUGAGCCGUUUGGCUGCUAGAAAAUAUGCACGAAUUGUUCAAAAAUUGGGAUUUAAUGCAAAAUUUACAGAAUUUAAAGUUCAAAAUAUGGUUGGGUCUUGUGAUGUUAAAUUCCCUAUACAAUUGGAAGGUCUUUGUAUUACCCACGCCCAAUUCAGUACUUACGAGCCUGAAUUAUUUCCUGGGUUAAUUUAUCGAAUGGUUAAACCUCGUGUUGUUUUACUUAUUUUCGUUAGCGGAAAAGUAGUUAUAACUGGGGCAAAAUAUAAAAAGGAUAUUGACGAGGCGUUUAAUCAGAUUUAUCCAAUUUUGAAAGGUUUUAAAAAAUGA